AUGGAUUGGAAAAGGAGUCUUAGCUUCACAGAUCGACUCAGAACUAUCCAAUCGCUGACGACGGCUUACCAACAAGCCUCAUCUUCGGCUGCAUUCGCCGAAGCACAGACACAGGCAAGAAAACUCGAGGGCGAGGCAUAUGAACAAGCUGCCUCGAAGGAAGAAUAUGAUCAACUCUGCCAAAAAGCGGUUGAUGCGGCCGAAGCCACCGUAUCUGAACCAUCUAAGGGCGAGCUAGAGGAUGACACAACCACUUCGAACCAAAAGCCUGGCGAGACAAUAGGUCAGUAUCAAGGGUGUCUUCAUUAUUUUGAUGGUCUUCAUUCAACAAUAUAUAAAUCCAAGUCAAAGGAUGGUGCCCUCGUUGCGCUGAAAGUCACAACACCACACCUACUAGAGCCACCACACGAUGCUCAUCGUGAGGCUCAGCUCUUGCGCGAGGCAGUUAGCGAGCGUAUAAUACCGCUUUUGGAAACAUUCAAGCUUGACGGUGGCCGAUUUAUUCUUGUGUUCCCUUUCAAACGACAUGAUCUCGAGACUUUACUCCGCCGAGGGGUCUUAACAGCCGCAAGCACUAGAUCUAUCCUGCGCGAUAUGUUCAGUGCAUUGGCGUCUAUCCAUAAACUAGGAAUUAUACACCGAGAUAUUAAACCGGCAAACAUUCUCCUUGAUUCCCCUAGCGGUCCAGCCUAUCUAGCGGAUUUUGGGAUAGCCUGGCGAGAAGGAAGCAUAGAAGCGGAGCCCGCAGACAAAAAGAUCACUGAUGUCGGGACCACAUGUUAUAGACCGCCGGAGAUAUUAUUUGGGUUUAAAGGGUACGGAAUAGCUCUUGAUCUUUGGGCCGCUGGGUGUGUUGCUGCAGAGGCAGUGGCUGUUGGGCACAAACAACUGUUCGAUGCUGGCCCUGUUGGAAGUGAUCUGUCCCUUAUCCAAUCUAUUUUCACCACCCUGGGCACUCCGGAUGAACAAACGUGGCCGGGGACUGAGAAACUUCCGGACUGGGGCAAAAUCGAAUUCUACAAGUACCCGGCCAAGAGUUGGGAUCAGAUCCUUCAAGGAUCCUCUUCUAAUGGACGAGACCUUGUGAGUAAAUUAAUCAUUUAUGAAAGUGGCCAACGCCUUUCUGCUGCGGACGCCUUGAUGCAUCCGUAUCUUUCUAUCUAG